GGGUGCCCAGCUGGACGUAGCCUAUUUCGACUUUAGGAUGGCUUUCGAUACUGUGGACAAUGACGUCUUGUUGAGGAAAUUCGCAAUGGAUGGUUUCACUCCAGACCUAUUGCAGUUCUUUUCUAGUUAUUCAGGGAACCGAAGGCAAUUCGAUUGAUGAAAUGAUUGGAUGUCAUCAAUCCCGUUGUACGUGUACGUGAUUUUCGUCUUAUUUACCGAGGACGUGACGUUUCGUACUCAUAUUGUACAGGUGUGUAAAAAGGCCUUUAAAAACCUGGGCUUCUUAUUGCGUCAAACGCAUGACUUCCUUAACACUGCCGCUGUGAAGUCAUUUUAUAAUGCUUUAGUCAGAAACAAUCUAGAAACCAGUGCUAUCAUCUGGAAUCCUUAUGAACCCAAGUAUAGCCUCAUGCUGGAGAAAAUACAAAAUAAGUUUACCCGGUACCUGUAUUUAAGGCAAUACGGGGUGUACCCUUUUAUUCCUCUUAUGUAUCCAACCCUUUGUUUAAUAGGAAUGGUUGGAUAUUAUAAGUUGGGAGGUUACAUAUUUAUGAUCUUACGUGUUAGAUUAAACAAUCCGGAAAUUCUGAAAUCACUGCGGUUCCUCGUGUCUAAUCCUAGGCUGCGACAGGGGGCUGAGGGGAGGGUCGCUGGACCUACCAAUUGCUCGUACAAAUCUUUUAUCACCACCACAGUCAGUAAUUCAUUCUUGGGGCAAUCUAUAUGAUUUUAUAACAAAAUCCUAGGAAAUACACAAAAUUUUUUCACCUCACAGUAUAAAAAGGAUUAUUGUGAUAACCCCUGGAAAUGAACGCUACCUACAAAGCCAUGUCUAAUUUCUUCAGUGUAUUUAAUUGUGUAACAUAAUAUAUUAUGAUUGUAAACUGUUCUUUUUUCAAAAAUAAAGUUUAGCUAGUUUUUAAGUAUUAUUUAUAAUAUAAUAUAUUAAAUUAAAAAAGUUUCUAUUUCAACGCCUCCUUUAUGCACAACAGUUAAUUCAUGAGGCACCCUUUUUUGAGUUUUUUUAUUUAACCAAUUUUUUGCAAAUAUUUACCCACAAUAUUUGGCUAUAUUGUUGGUAAACUAACGUCAAACCAUACUGUUAACUCCUUGUUUGUGGAGUAAGGAUUGGCUUACACCAUUAUUUUUAAUUAAUUGUUAUUUAUCUUUGUGUCUGGUCUUUCUCGUGGCUCAGUCUUCAAAGUCGAAAGCGAUUAAAUGAUACGCAGCAUUGAUAUUGCGAGCUGCCUUUGCUGCGUUAGAACCACCUCAGAACUUAUUUUCGAAAAUUACUCUUAAACUAGAAUGUAAAAACAACUGAAAGUCAAACAAUAGUCAUAAAAGUUUAAAAUGUAGAAUGAUGUAGUUUUUAAAUAUUUGGAACAUGCAGGUUUUACUUCAAUUCAAAUUGGAUGUUGCACGUUUUAGUGGAGUAGCCACGUUAACAUCAUACUUUAACAUCUAUUAUUAACUAUAUUACUUCUUUAUAUUUAUACGCGUCUAUUGUGCCAGUUAUAUAAAAUAAUAAUUCAUGGAUAGUGCUAUAUCUUUGGCGUUUACUCCUAUCAAACAUGUUAGUGUUCGCACCUUGACGUCAAUUAUUAUUUCAUCAAAGAGUGCGAUUAGAUGUUAUCUUCGUAGGGAAGUUAAGACACGACUUUUGUUUGUUACUGAUUUUAGUUUAUUAUCAUAAAUAUAACGUAUAAUUUUAAGAAACAUUUUCUAUCCAUGUUUGCAUAAGAAUCUUAUCGGGUAUCUUAUUUCGUUAUUUAGUGAUUUCCAGGAAAAAUAAUAUUAACUUACAUCGCUUACUUUAAAUUAAAGAAAUGUUGCCUUUUUACAGCAGUUAGCUUUCGUUACAUUGGAGACAUGGAUCUUUCAAUAAAAAAAAAUUCAAUCGAUUUGUUCAAUCAGUUAAUUGAAGUCUAUAAAUUAGCAAAUGAUCGAGUUGAAACAUUGAGAUGACUUCGUUUAAUUUACAAUUGAAUCGAUUGUGGCUAUCGCAGGACAAGUUAUAGGAGGAUUGUAAUCAUUUAUAGACAGAAGAGAAAUGAUUAAAAAUACGUAUUAGUUGUAAUUACGACUAAUAUGUAUUUAAAAACGGAUUGACGAUUGCAGUGCCGAAGGUCUCGCAUCUUCGAUGCUGCUGCCCGUCGCCGGUUUCAUGUAAACGAGAAAAAUAGCGCCAUUUUUCAGAAUCCAUAAGAUUUUUCUUGCUUUUUUUUAUAGGAUAGGGUGACAAACGAGCACACAGUCCAUCUGAUGGUAAGUGGUUGCUGUGGCCCAUAGACAGAAAUGUCCUCGUUUGCGAAUCAAAAUGCAGUUGCGUUGUCACCCGUGACGACUAAGAUGGAAUGCCUCUUUUCUAGUAAAAAGGGUCUCCGGUUCUCUACACUCACCAUACGAAACACAGCAGUGUUAAGCUGCUAUUUUAGGCUGGUAUUCUGUGAGAGCGAGGUCUUUCCCCGGUCGAGCCGACCCAUUCGUGCUACAACUAUACUACUAAUAUAGCUGCAGGCAUGGUUCGACGUAUACCUUCAGUUGCCUCUUACGAAACUCACGGGAAGACAUGUGAUGAUAGGUUCUGUUACGCCGCCCUUGAGCUUUUGGUACAUAUUUACAAAUGUACAUAAAAACAAACUUUCUCUUGGUAUUGUUAUAUUAUGUACUAAUUGUUCCCCGCGAUUUCGCCCGCCCGUAAUUUAGGGUUAAAAUUAUGUUGCGCGGAACCCUAAUUUAAAAAAAAUAUAAGUAGCCUAAGUUAUUCCUUAUAACAUCAGCUAUCUGCCAGUGAAAGUCCCGUCGAAAUCGAUACAGCCGUUUCGGAGAUUAGCUGGAACAAAUAGACAGACAGACAGACGGACAUACAGACAAUUUUUUUUAAUUGUAUUUUUGAUAUAAGUACCGUAUAUAUUUUCAUAUGCAUUGAGUAAAAAGCUGUAAUUUUGACAUUACAAACAGACACUUCAAUUUUAUUUAUUUGUAUAGAUAGGUCGUAUGAGGAAGCUCAAGGUCGCUCAGCGAACUAUGGAGUGGGCUAUGAUUAGAGUUUCUCUGCGAAAUAAACUUAGAAAAUUUCUAAUAUUUUUUUAAGUUUAACUUUUAAUGCGAAUAUCCGCAGUAGAGAUAGUAGACAUAGCCCAACAAAUUAGUAAGCUCAAGUGGCAAUGGGCCGGCCAUAUAAAUCGCAGAACCGGCAACCGAUGGGGAAGAGAAGUUCUCGAGUGGUAGCCUCGCACCGGUAGGUGAAGUGUAUUGCGGUCCUCCACUAGAUGGAGUGACGAGCUGGUAAGACAUGCAGGAAGUCGAUGGAUGCAGGCAGCUCAGGACCGUGAUUUGUGGUGUUCCUUGGGGGAGGCCUAUGUUGAGCAGUGGACGUGGACUUUAAUGAUGUUGAUGAUGGUUAUAUUACGAGAAAUGAAAAUACAAGAAGAGCUAAUAUAAUGUUAAAUCAUUGGAAAACUAAAGGGAAGAGUUUCUGUAUUUUUGAUUGACUUCAAAAAGCAGGAGGUAUUCAAUUCGACUCUAUUUUUAUGUGUUACCUCAUAACUUUUUUUCUAGGUGAGCGAUUAUGAUGUUUUUUGUUUGAAAGUUGGUGCUUAUCAUGUGGUCCCAUAUAAAUUUGAUCAGAUCUGACCAGUAGUUUUUGAAUUAUCAAUAAUAGUGCGUAUUUAAUUGACUUCGAUUACAUUGAUUAUGUACUCAUUAUAUUUAUAUUGAAGUCGGUUGUACAAAAUUUUUAAUUUUACUGCUUGUGUAGGACGAAGAACGAUACCAAUGUUGUGGACAUAUGGGAUCUGAAGGAUCGGUACAAGUUGGAGCACGGUGGUGCGGAGUUCAUUGUUCCGCGAAGUGUAGAAGAUGAUUUCGGUAAUUACACGUGCGGGCUCAGUGGCACAGAGGCUGUUCAGCGUUGGGCAGUUCGUGGUCGCGCCUUCACCAAGCUGCCGGCCAACACUAACGUUGUGGAGGGACAGAAACUCAAGUUGCAGUGCAAGGUGGUGGGCAAGCCGUACCCGCGCGUGGUGUGGACGUUCAGCAACGCGUCGGAGGGCGAGAACGCGAGCGACGUGCGCGCGCUGCUGGGCGAGCGCGUGACGCUGCGGCGCAGCGCGCAGGGCGUGGAGGACGGCGAGCUGCUGCUGGACGCCGUGCUGCGCUCCGACGCCGGCCUGUACUCGUGCGCCGCGCCCGUGGGAGCGGCCGGCGCCGCCAACGUGGCGACCACCACGCUGCGCGUCAAGGACAUGUACGCGGCGCUGUGGCCGUUCCUCGGCAUCUGCGCCGAGGUGUUCGUGCUGUGCGCCAUCAUCCUCGUGUACGAGAAGCGCCGCACCAAGCCCGACCUCGACGACUCCGACACCGACAACCACGACCAGUGAGAGCGCACACUUACUCCAAUUCACUUACGCUCCUCAACACAAACACGUUUAUGUAUAAUUUUUUUUUAAUAUACUACGUUUUUAAAACUGACUAAAAAGUAUAAAUUUCUGUUUGAUUUUUUUUCCAUAUGCUUAGGUUGGCACCCGAUUCUGAACUAUGUUCAAAAUUGGGCCAAAUUCGCCAAAUACUUAAAAGCUACUCAAUUUAAAGAUAUCGUUAUAUCUCGCGGUGUUACCGUCACUUUAAAUUAGUAAUAGAGACAGCAAGAGACUUACGCCAUCUUAAAAUUGAAGUGUUUGAGUAUUUAGGCAUUUCUCAUCGGAAAGUUAGCUUAAAAUCAAUUAUUCCUUUCUCUUUCUCUUUUGUUAAUCAACUUAAUUAUCACAACUACGUGGUACAGUGGCUUAACUAUAAAUUACGGAGCUGUAAGCCGGGAGUUCGAAUCCCGUACGGAACAGCUAUGUGUAUGGCCUACAAGUAAUUGUUCUGGGUAUGGAUGUUUGUCCUUAAGCAAUUUAUGCUUGUAAACUGCCUCCACGAUACAAGAGAAAAGUCUAGUGUGGGGGUAACAUUUUUUUAAAAGAGAAAGAAUUACUAAUUUUAACCCAAACACAUACGAAACCGAUUUAAUAAAAACGUGGUAAAAACGGAAUCCUCAUAACCUAUGCACAGUGUUCAUAAUUUAAACUCACCUCAAUAAACACAGCAACGAAUCAUUAUCUUAUUAUUUCUUAUCACACCUACAUAAUUACAGAUAGUAAUUUUUGUAAGAAAAAUAUUGUACUUUACUUCUCGAUAUUUUGAUACUUGAGUACUGAGCAUGUACCGAUAAAAUUGUGCAUUAAAGAAACAAGAAGUUAUUUCCUAAAAUUACCAGAUAAAUACAAAAUCAAAUUAAUUGACUGAUGACACUUUUUUUUAUCUUUACCUUGUUAAUCAAUGUAUCCAACACUGAUACAAAUACGUAAUCGCAACCUUAUCGUUUAUGUCCAUGCUCCUUUCAUUAGAUAGCUGCCUUUAGAUUUGCUUUAAAUCUGCUACAAGGUUCCAAUUUAGGACCGUUACUAUAUCUCAUAUUUGUCGUCGUUUUGUAAAUUAUACCUUACUAUGUUAGGUGAUUCCUCUGAUACCAGCAUGUUGUUAACCCAUCAAGGUUGCUUAGAAUCUUGAUAAAUUGGUUACUGCUGACAAUGUAAAAUAAUAAUAUCCUGCAGACUGAAUUUCGGUCACGACGGCCAGUCUCAACGGAGACUAGCCAUCGGUGCAGGACCGGAUUAUAGUGCCCAAGUGUAUGCGCAAGCACAGGUGCACACUCUUAUUCCCUCGCUCUCAUAAUCCGAUGGGACGGUAACACGACCGGAGGGAGAUCAGGCGCAAGACCAACGGCUUUAUUUGCUCUCCGAGGCACGGCGGUUGAGACAGCGCCAACUUCUUGACUCCGGGCAGCUAUUGAGAAUUUCUUACCGGAAAAACUCAAUAACAGAUUUUUUUCGGCCGACCCGGUUUUUGAACCCGGGAUCUCAUGGUCAACAAUUGCGUUUUACAUCUACUAGACCAGGCCAUUUAGUCCAUAAUUUGUUAUAGAUACUAUAAAAAAAGGCUUGAAAUUUAUAUACGUAAAAGUAGGUUAUUAAUUAAAUAGAUAGUGCUUGUCCGAGCCACUGGGUACAUGGACACGGACAUGUACCCAGUGCCUCAAAAAAGCAUACUUUAGUUUCUCGCUAAUUGCGUUAAAAAUGUCGUGGGCGCUCCCACGACUCCUGUGCAUCAGUGACGCGGUUCUUUUGCGAAUAAGAGUUUAAAAAUUAUCUAUGAGGUAGUCGGCAAACAUAUCUGAUACACUACAGUAACGUUGGGAUCAGAGAAACAACCUAAAAGUUAUAGUUACCACUUAAUAACAUUUAAGGCCUGCCACGUACAUACGGAAUUCCGAACGGGUCGGCCACACACAUUUGGAAUCCCGUUUUGCCCGCAAAAUUUCGAACGGAAAGCUACCGUACGUGUUUGAUGGGUCCAUGAUUUUAUAUGGACUUGCUGCGUUUGGAAUCCCGAAACGGAAUUCCGUAUGUAUGUGGUUGGCCUAAAACUUUAAUUAACAAAUUUUUUAUUGCUUUACAGGAAGAAGUCGUAAGCGCGCUUAGAGCCGCGGUGGAUUGGUGUCGCUAAUCUACGCCAUUUUCGAGUUUUUUUUUUUAAUUUCGGACACGUUAACCAAAAAGUUAUUUGUUAUUUAAUUAGAAAGCUUUACUAUCAUGUGAUGGAUGGACCAUAAGACCGGUGGUCUCGUAUAGUGCGAAUGUUCUCACAUUUUGUGAUAACACAAAUGAAUAUAAUAUUGUUAUAUUUAUUUUGUACUUACCCAUUGAUUAUUAUUGAUUUAUAUUUUGUUAGAAGCUUUAAAGACCGUAGUCAAGUUAAUCCGUGACAAGUGAUGGGUUCAUAGUAACGUGGCAGCGGCGCGUCGUUGCCACGCCGUGUUCAUAUUGCUAAAUACUAAUACACGAACUAAAUAAAUUAUUAUAUACGU